AUGGAUGUUGCUGGUCUUGCAAUCGGCAUCGUGGGCCUCUACACGGCAUGCAGGGACUGUUACGAUUUCUUCACCACAGUGAAUGCAGCCCAGGCGGAAUCCUCAGCUCACCUGCGCGAGUUGGAAAUCCAGCAAUCAAUUCUCAAAGCCUGGGGCUUUCAUUGGCAGAUUCAAAACGAAGACGGCAGCGACCCAGGACAUUCCGAUCAUGCCAGACGAAAGCGGUCUAAGCUCCAUCAAUACCUCUUGAGCAAUCGAUUCAAGGCUGAAGGGGUCUUCAAAACCCUUUCUGCUCUUGCAGAUACCCUCUGCAACCGGGAGAAGCUCAUCAAGCGCUAUGGUUUCCAGCUUCAAACAGCCCAGGCCAUCCAGGAUGGAUCGCAAUCGACGCACGAUAUCCAGUUGGUCAUUCCAGAUGCUAAAAUUGAGGAUGUCGAGCCAGUCCUCAAUGAAGUUCGAAACCGCCUCUCGAUGCUUAACAAGCUCAAAUGGGCUUUGAAAGACAAAGAAAAGUUCAAGAAACUUAUCGCCGAUUUGAGAUCUCAUAGCGAGAAUCUCUAUCGCCUUUGCCCCGAGAAUGCAUUCGAGUCCAUGAACAUAUAUCUCACUAUGGAGUGUUUGGCUGGGCAGGAGUCGCCAGACGGUCUCAAGUGGACUUCAACACUCGCGACCGAGAAUGCAGAACUCGACAAAGAGUCUCUAGUGCGACAGGGAUACGAAUUGCUGGCUUCGACGGCCACGUUGAAAGCAUCGGUGAAUAAAAACAGAGACAAGAAAGAAGCAAACGGCAGGAGCCUCACCAGCAUUGACGAGAUAAAACCUGAGAUGAGGUAUUUAGGAAAGGGACUUGCACUAUUUGAAGACCAAGUUGUUUACGUCGAGAUGCGGGACUAUCGUGGACCGCCGCUGGACUUCACUGCAGAGCAAAAACAACGACUGAAGCAGCGUUAUUUGUCAUCAUUGCAAUCUUACAGAAGACAUGACGCAAGUCAGAUGGGUCAAUUCAGCAGCAGCGAAGACGACGAACCGAUUGAGAGAGUCAGGCCAGCAGAUUCUAAGCUUCGUGCGCUCAUUAGGAAUUUCUUCGAUACCUUUCAAGGCGCCAACAUGAUGAAAAAUGUCUAUGGAUUGGAUAUCGUCGGUAUGAUCGACCACACGGAAGGCGACGACAAAGGACAUUGCAGCAUUCUCUACAGGCUCCCUGGCACGAUUGGCGCCCAGAGCCGUGAGCGGCCUGCGGAGAGCCUGAAGCUUCGAGCUCCUGUGACGCUGCAGUCACUCCUUGGAACUAGAGAGCAAACAGGGAUUCGGUCUAUGCUCGGUGCACGCUUCGAGCUUGCUAGAAAGCUUGUACGUGCCGUUUGCCUCCUUCACUCCAGUGACUGGCUGCACAAGAACAUACGCGCAGAGUCAGUCAUGUUCUUUCCAGAGCAUGUAAAUAGGCUCCAAGAGGAUCGAUACGAGGUCGCAAUUGAAAUUGAUGUCUCAAAGCCCAUCGUGAUGGGCUACAUCUUCUCACGGCCGGACCAUAUCACCACCACCAAAGGAGAUCCGACAUCUGCGACUGGGCCAGAAACGGAAAGUCUCGAUUACGGAAAGAGGCGGUGGCGACCGUCGUCGCACUUUACAGCAACUUGGGAUAGUCCGUGCGAGGAGUCAAAGUCGAUACGCCGAAGGUCAACUCCUUCCACUGCCACCAUAUACGGUCGCGAUAUGCUAGGCAAGGUAGCCUCAGCCGAGGAGGCAAAAGAGACGAGUAUCAGUGGCUUCACACUUGACUAUUAUCAGCACCCCGCGAAGCACGCAGAUCCUAAGCGUUUAUAUCGUCAUGCAUAUGAUGUAUACUCUCUCAGGGUUCUUCUCCUUGAAGUUGGCCUAUGGAUCAACCUGAAGAACGACUCAGACAUGGACAGGGACGAAGAGGAUCAUUAUCAGCGAAGGCGAAAGAUAUGCCGCAGGUAUCUCGACCGCUUAAGAUGGGAAUGCGGAGACACUUAUGCCGACGUUGUGCUUAGUUGUCUUAUGAUUGAUAGCACCGAUGACGAAGUAGCCAAGGCGAGCGAGAGGGAGCUUUGUGGAAGAAUUGUUGCUGACUUGGAGAACUGCCAAGCGUAG